GUCGCUCUCGCCCUCGCUGCCCAACUCACCGACGCGCUGGGUCCAGUCACGGAAAUCUCCGAGUCCUACGACUUCGUCAUUGUCGGUGGUGGUCAGGCCGGCCUGGUUCUUGGUGGCCGUCUGUCCGAAGACAAGAACCACACCGUUUUGGUCCUUGAGGCUGGUCAGGAUGGAGACGACUACCGGACGCGUAUAGACACGCCUGCCGACUCGUACUUUGACUCGCUCUGGCAGACCCCUCUCAACUGGAACUUCAGCACGACCGGCCAAGCCGCCCUGGACAACCGUGCGGUUACUUGGCCCCGCGGCAAGACUCUUGGAGGCUCCUCGGCCAUCAACGGUCUCUACAUGACCCGUCCGGGAACCCAGGAUCUCGAUGCCUGGCAUGAGCUCCUCGGCGACAUGGAGGGCGCCGACGCCUGGACCUGGUCGUCAUUUUACCAGGCUCUUAUCAAGAGCGAGAACUUCACUGGCGCUACUGAGUCGAUAGCCUCCGAAGCGAACAUCCUCUGGAACACAUCCGAUCACGGUUCGACCGGACCUAUUCACACCUCGUACCCUGGCUACACCUUUGCCGAGGUUGGCAACUGGACCAAGGCCUUCGACUCCAUUGGCGUCUCGCCCUCGGGUAACAUGUACGGCGGUGACGUCUGGGGUGCCGAGAUCUCGACGUCGUGCAUCAACACCUCCAACUGGACGCGCUCCUACAGCCGUACUGGUUACCUCGACCCACUCCCUGACAAUGGCAACUACGAUGUCCUCGCUAACGCCCACGUCACUCGAGUCGUCUUUGACGACUCGACCGGUGCUGACAACCUGACGGCCACCGGAGUCGAGUACACCAUGAACAACGGCACGACCAUCAAGAAGGUCAAGGUCAACAAGGAGGUUAUCAUCUCUUCCGGAUCCAUUGGCAGCCCCGCCGUCCUCAUGUACAGCGGCGUCGGACCGAAGGACGUCCUCAAGGAUGCCGGUAUCGAUCUUGUGUAUGAGCUUCCUGGUGUUGGCCAGCACCUCCAGGACCACCUUAGUGCCACUCUCAUGUACGAGGCGGCCGCGAACACCGAAACUGCCGGCACUAUCUGGUACCGGAACGGGACCGACAAGACCGAUACGCUGUACCUGUCGUACAUCAACUCAGCCAUUGCCUACGUUAACUCCACCUUCAUGUACGGCGACGAUGUCGACUCCUUCAGCUCCGACGCUCUUUCCAACCGGGACAAGUACAAGCCUGACUCGGCCUACGAGGACAACGUUGUUGCCGGGUACCAGGCUAUCUUCAACACGACUGCCUCGACCAUUUGGAAGAGCCCCAUCGGUCAGGUUGAGCUGCUUCUCAUGAACAGCGAUGCCUGGGGCAAGAUUGGUAUCACCGCCGCCCUUCAGCACCCCCUCAGCCACGGCCGUGUCUACGUCAACUCGUCCAACCCCCUGGACUACCCCAUAAUUGACCCCAACUACCUUGAUAAUCCUGCUGACCUUGAUAUGCUCAUCAAGGGUCUUAAGAUUGCCCGCAGCGUCGCCGAGUCCAGCCCCUACAGUGGCCUGCUGGUCAACGAGACGUCUCCCGGAAUCGACACGCAGACCGACGCCGAGUGGAAAGAGUGGCUUAACGAUAGCGCCGACACCGAGUUCCACCCCUCGUCUACCUGUGCCAUGCUUCCCCGCGACCAGGGUGGUGUCGUCGACGCCAAGCUUCGCGUGUACGGCUUCGCCAACCUCCGUGUCGCCGACGCCAGUGUCCCUCCCAUAUCGUUCAGCAGCCAUCUUAUGUCUUCGACGUACGGAAUCGCCGAGAAGGCAAGCGAGAUUAUUCGCAAGGACUACGCCAAGGGAUCUUCCUCCACCUUUGCCAGCACCGGUACCAAUGGUGACAGCGAUGACGGUGACAGUGCUGCCGUGUCCCUCUCGUCGUCGUGGGCCGUGCCCCUCGUCGUUGCUGCCGUGUUGGGCUUGUACAUGUAA